AUGGCCACCCACGAGACCACGCCGCCGGUGGAGAAGGACGACGUUGCCCACACCACCGGCCACACCGCCACGGGACCCAACGGCGCCCAGGCCGCCGCCCGCUACGACUACGGCGGCAACCCGCUGUUCCACGCCCACGCCGGCAACGAGGGCCGCCUGCCCGCCUUCGGUGGUGAGUUCCAGCCCGGCCUGUACCGGCCCACCGAGCACCGCAAGUUCGCCAAUCCGGCGCCCCUGGGCCUGUCCGCUUUCGCCCUGACCACCUUUGUCCUGUCUUGCGUCAACCUCGGCGCCCGCGGCGUCUCCACCCCCAACAUCGCCGUCCCCCUGGCUUUCGGCUAUGGCGGUCUCGUCCAACUCCUGGCCGGCAUGUGGGAAAUGGCCGUCGGCAACACCUUCGGUGCCACUGCGCUCUCCUCGUACGGAGGCUUCUGGAUCGCGUACGGCAUCCUCCUCACCCCCAACUGGGGCCUGCACGAUGUCUACGUGAAGGCUGGCGGCACCUCGGACCCGAACCAGUGGAACUCGGUACUCGGCUUCUUCCUGACCGGCUGGUUCAUCUUCACCACGAUCCUGCUUCUUUGCACCCUCCGGUCGACCGUCAUGUUCUUCAUGCUCUUCUUCACGCUCGACCUGGCCUUCCUCAUGCUCGCCUGCAGCGACUACGCUGCCAACAACGGCGCGGCCUCGUCCAGCAAGACGCUGCAGAAGGCCGGCGGCGGCUUUGGCAUGCUGGCCGCCUUCCUCGCGUGGUACAACGCCUUUGCCGGUAUUGCCGAUACUAGCAACUCCUUCUUCAUCAUCCCCGUCUUCCACUUCCCAUGGUCCGACAAGGGCCGCGAGGCCAGAGUCAAGACCGAGCGCGAGACUGCCUAA